AACGAGUGAUGCUGUAUUUCUAGCAAAUAGAUGCUAAUAUGGCACAAAAUAAUAGUGGUGUAUAUGCGGCCAUUCAGCAACCAGAACCGUUACAGGAAGAAGGUAACACAGCGGUAAACUGGAGGGAGUGGAAAUCGGCCUUCGAUUAUUUUUUAGUCGCAUCGGGGCGCGACGAGGCUUCCUCCAAAGAGAAAUGCGCGAUAUUUCUCCAUGUUAUAGGAAAGUUUGGCCGAGAGAUACUACAAGAAUUUGAAGUAGAUGACAAGUCCGAUUAUGACAAGCUAGUAAAGGCUUUUACAGAACGCUUUGACCCAAAGAAGAACGUUAACUUUGAACGGCAUACGUUUUUUGAGACUUAUCAAAUAAACGAUUCCUUUGAUAAAUAUUUGAGCGACUUAAAAAUUAAAAGUAAAAGUUGCGAAUUUAGUACUCUCAAAGAUAGCCUACUUUUAACGCAGAUAAUAAGAGGCCUAAAGGACAGCCACAUGCGUGAAAAAUUACUGUCUAAGUCUUCAUUAAAUCUGGAACAGGCCGUAGUAUAUUGUCGCGCGGCUGAGCGAGCCAGCAUGCAAGCAGCAGCGUGUCGGAGUGCAAACACAGAACAAGCCUCCCCUGCAUUAGAAGAACUGGCGCGUGGACGCGGCGCUCCGGGAGGUAGAGGCUACGGCUUCGGGAUGAGAAUGCGUGGUGGUGGAAUGAGAGGACGCGGAGGUCACGGCGGAUUCACGCGCGCUACGUCUGCCGGCCGAGGCCGUCGCGAAUCUGAGUGUGGCAAGUGCGGGGGAUGGCACGCCGCUAAUGACACUUGUCCAGCAUAUAAUGUUACGUGUUUCAGGUGUGAGCGAGUUGGACAUUUUGCUAAGACUUGCCGCGAGAGGUUGAUAAGAGAGGUUGCGAUUGAUGGAAAAGACGGUGAGGAAUAUUCAAAUAACGAGGACUCAGACGAGGAGUACGAAGACGCAACACCUAAAAGUCCAGUUCCUAGAUCACCCCAGGGUGAACGCGAACCAGGUGGUAGUGGUAUCGUCACUAGAAGUGGAAGACAAGUUCGUCCGCCACAAAGAUUUAGUUUUGACUAAUUUUCGAUUCAAUGUGAAUUAUUUUUACUGACAGGAGAUAUAUAAUGUUAUGUUGUAUUUUGUAUUUUACUAAGUAUGAAAGAAGAUGUUAUGUUGUAUUUUUUAUAAUGUUUGUAUUUUCUUGUUUAAUGUUGUUCUUGUACUUGUUACUUAAUUCGUUAUAAGAAGGAAGAUGUAGUAGU